UCUUGCUGACAAGAUCUAUGGCAGACGACAGGGAAAUUGUCGCAUGACAACACUUGCACAUAUCCAUCCCGAACACGCCUUGAUACCACUGGACGCUUCACGAGAGACGAAGCAUCGAUCAGCAUCCGCUUUACUGCCGUCGAGUUAUUAACCAACUGUAAGGUAAAUAAUAUUUUGAUUAACUUACACCGAUACACCACUGUAUAAUUACUUCUAUCCACUUUGGGGAGAUUUUUAUGAGCAGUAAUUGUCUUGGAAAACCACCGAUACGAAGGCGACGAGUAAUUAUGCCGGCUGAUCCUCGCACGCUAAAUUAGCCAGAGCCAGGCGUCCAAUUACAGUCGUAUUUUCGCAUAAACAGUAUUAAAAACGACGCACUUCGUAGAUGAAGGAGGAUGCGCAAAACCACGGAAGUCGGGGAAUACAGACUUAUCUGAUUAUUUUCUCCAUUCUUAAAAAUCUUCUUGUAAUUAAUAAAAGUACGAAAGAAAGAGCAGAUCGGUAAAUACAGGACGUCUUUCGGUGUCGUGUUCAUUGCAUUUUGUGUCUGAUACAUCCAUCGUGAACAUUUUACUUGUACGUGUGUACUUUAUUAUUCCAAUAUGUAGGAUUUCCAUUUAAUGGAAGAAAAACGGAGAUAGCUUAUACGAAACUUUAAUAUUCAGAUAGGAUUUCUGUUUAAUGGAAGGCAAACGGAGUAGUAGUUUUAAAUAUUUAUCCUGAGCUUCUUGUUUCUUCUGUUUUAUGAAUGUAUCCCUGGAAGGACUUUCAUUGGAAUUAUUAAGAUCAACAGCGUCUGUUACAUCUUGUACUGUAGCUGAUUCUUCCUGUACUAGUACCUCAUCCUGAUUCCACGUGAAUACAGUACAAACAUUCGUAAUGUGUCAGAUUCUUCUUAUAGUACAUCCUGCAGUCGGCUAAUGAAACCAACACAACAGAUUUUAGCGUGUUUUUUCUAAAACACACAAGGUACGAAACUAUAUUAUAGCCGAACAUUUUGAAACGUUCAAACGUGUUGCUCACUUUUUACUGGCGUCGGUUUCGCAAAACCAAAACUAAAACCAAUUCCUGAGUGGGGAAGAAAACAAAAGGAUCGAGAUGGGGUGUCGAAUGUCGCGCGUCCGUCCAUCCGUGAAUGGAAUCAAGCCCGUGUCAGACAACUGCGCCUGUAAGUGUCACAAAAAACAGCCGAAAAUGAGUUUUGAAGAGAUUGCCAAAAUGAAGGUGGAUUCACGGAUACCUCUGACUGCUCGCGAGAUAUUCAACAUUUGCAAGUCGUGGAAAGCCAUUUCCAGGAAUAUACUGGACACCGGUCAAACAAUGUUUCUCAAUUUGUUCGAGCAGAACGAAAACAUCCAACAGAAGUUCAAGAAUCUCAAAGACAUCGACGACAAACACCAACUGAUGCACAGUAAGACGCUGCUGUCGCACGUUACCAUGGUGAUGACGACAAUCGACGAGGCCAUAGCGAACCUCAGCGACGCCGACUACGCCAUCGGCCUGCUCAAACAGACGGGAGUUCAUCACACGACUUUCGAGACGGAGUUCGACCCGCAACUCUUCUGGCUUAUAAAAGAACCAUUUCUCAUGGCCGUGAAAGAAACUCUUGGUGAUCGGUAUACUUUCCACAUGCAAGGGAUAUACGAGAAAACCAUAACAUUCAUUCUGCAGACCCUCAUUGACGGGUACUACAAAGUCCCAAACACGACCAAGAUAGCGCCCAAAGAGGAAAAGAGCCCAAAGAAAAUCCCUUACUGAUUCCCACGUCAAAGAUUUUCUUUUUACAAGUAAGGAUUCGCAUGUGCCAGGAACGAAAUAUUUCUGUACGAUUCAGCGAUCAGGAUUCCUGUGUGGGUUCACGCUAAGUGAAACGGAGUGUGUAAACAUGUUUGAAUGUAUUGCACAGACUAAGUGCAACAGUGGAGAAAAAACCAGUGGUUGAAUGCAUCGUGGUCGUUGUACAUAGAAACAAAUGAAAUAUUAACUAUAUAUGGCUAUACAGUGUAUAAGAUAUAAGGGUCCGAGCAUUAAAAGCGUUAUUUUAGACUGAAGACGCAGACUAGUCCAUACUUCUUUAAAUGCCAACGCAAUGCCAUAACCAUUGAAUACGAAAUAAUAAUCAAUCAUGCACUGUAUUUUUCGUAUGUGAAUGAUAUAAAAUCACCAUACAAUGAUAUUAUUACGUGUCCACAUUUAGUCAUAUAGUUCUAUACUGUAAGGACGAGAAUCCUUCAUCCUCCAUUGAAUUGGUUUAACGUAAAGAAGAAAAGAUGUCUCUCUUUUUUUAUUACUUAAGUGAAAAUUCAUGAUUAGUCUUAUCUGGGAGUGGCAAUAAAAAACCCAGUCUGUUUAUUGCAUGAAUAUUGAUGAACAGUCACAAUUGCAUCUGCAGUAUAAUAAAAGUGUCUCUUCUUUAAGACAUAUUUUGUGAGAAAUGGACCAAAAAGGCGACAACUCAACUUUAAGCUACGUCAUCACCGUCAUCGCCCUGACCAGAAAGAUAGUGUCGUCUAUAUUUGACUUUCCGUUUCAUGUUUAGGUGAGACAAAAGAACGAUAAUCGGCGACAUUAGGUAGAACGUCUGGAAACUUAGAAUCAAAAACCUUGCAACAAUAUUGGCUAAUUACUGGCUGAACCUGUGUCGGGAUGGGAAUAGAAGAAACUAAAUUUACUCAUGUGCAGUCUCAGUAUAGUGCCUAUAUUGGGCUUAUUUGACGUAGUUAAUAGAAUAGUAGUGGGCGUUUAGAUUAAAGCUUUACAAGCGUUGCCCAGUCAUAGAAAAUAAAUAAAUGCAAAAAGGAUAUUUGUUUGACAAGGUUAUAAUGCAUGGUUUUGUCAUUAUCCCAGUGAAUAUUUGAAACACACACACACACACACACACACACACACAUACACAUAUAUACACAUAUAUAUAUAAAGAUAGAUAGAUAGAUAGAUAGAUAGAUAUAGAUAGAUAUAGAUAUAGAUAUAUACAGUGGACUGUCUAAAACGAAUUCGCUUGGGACCGAUGAAAUAUGCCGGGUUAGACAGAGUUCGUCCAGAGUUACGGUCCCUGCGAUAUAUUGAUAAGAAAAUACCAAUGUAAAUAAAACGUCAUAUUAACCAAACGUUCGGACUAUGUGUAAAACAUCUGUGAAGCAAGGCUAAGCAAUGCUUGUUAUAGUGAUGGGUAUAAACCUGAACGGUAUUUGCGUUUCUAAAAAAACAUUCAAAUGUUCGAACUUGCUGUUGACUAAUCGUUUUCUCUCUACCGAAAUACUGUCCUCGUACAAUUGCCGGUAAUAGUCACUACGUAUUUGUAUAUCCAUGGGCGGAUCCAGGAAAUAUUUUUAGGGGGGGACCAAAAAAGAAGGGCACAUUGACUCG